CACGGCUACUGCGCGGGGCAGAGGCCCGCAAACUCCUCUGGACCUCUGGGGAUGGUUCUUUCCCGGGUGUGCUCGUAGCUGCCCAUGGCCGGGAUUGCAGCACGCUGGGCGGAAAAGCCUCCUUUCCCAAACUGACGUAGCCAGUGCAUCAUCUCUCAAGAGCCCCGAGGAGGCAGGGGAGUGAAGAGGCUGGUAGGAGCAAGGGCUGUGGGAAGGUGAGAGGGACAAGCCAAGCUGGGCUGGAUCACCCACCAGCAUUGCCCAGCACCAGCUCUCCUGGGCCUGCUGUGAGAGUUCUGCUGGGACCAUCUGGGGGCCCUUUGCUGCUGUAAAACAGUUUUGCAAGAUGCCUGUGCUCAUUAAUUUUAAUGAGGUCUGUCUUCCUAGGCUGAAAGACUCUGGGGAGCAUGAGGAAAAGGCACAAGAUCAAGCCUUGCCACAGUUGUGCCUGGGGAGGAGUGGGACAGCUGUGGGGGCUCUGCAGGUGCCCAGUUGUGGCUGUCUCACGUGGUAUCUGGGCGCUGCAGGCAUCUGCAAACUCUUGAUAGGGCCCUAUCGGUGUCGGGGCGGGUUCAAGUCCUCCUGCCCGGGGUACAGGUGGCUCAGGACUUCAUUCCUGGAGGGGAUUCCUCCCCGGCAUCGGGGAGCAGAGCCCCAGGGAUGACAGAUGGGGAGACCACACGGUGCUGCAUGCCGGUGUGGAGCCUGCUGGCUGGCGUCCCCAGUCUUCGCCUCUCUCUGCCUUGCAGCAUCUCUGCCCUUCGUCAUCCUGACACUGGUGAACUCCCCGUACAAGCGAGGCUUCUACUGCAGUGAUGAUUCCAUCCGCUACCCCUACAAGGCAGACACCAUCACCCACGGUCUCAUGGCUGGGGUCACGAUCACCUGCACUGUUGUUGUUAUCUCAUCGGGGGAGGCAUACCUGGUUUACACUGAGCGCCUCUACUCCAAGUCAGAGUUCAACAACUACCUGGCUGCCCUCUACAAGGUGGUGGGGACCUUUCUCUUUGGGGGGGCCAUCAGCCAGUCCCUGACUGAUCUGGCCAAAUACAUGAUCGGCCGUCUCCGGCCAAACUUCCUGGCUGUCUGCAAUCCUGACUGGUCCAAGGUGAACUGCUCCAUCUAUGUGCAGCUGGAGAAUGUCUGCCAGGGAGAGAGCAGGAACAUCACCGAGUCCAGACUGUCCUUCUACUCGGGACACUCCUCCUUUGGGAUGUACUGCAUGAUGUUCUUGGCGCUCUAUGUGCAAGCCCGGCUGGUGGGAAAGUGGGCCCGGCUGCUGCGUCCCACCAUCCAGUUCUUCCUCAUCACCUUCGCCAUCUAUGUGGGCUACACCAGGGUGUCCGACUACAAGCACCACUGGAGCGACGUGCUGGUGGGGCUGCUCCAAGGGGCUCUCAUUGCCGUCCUCAUUGUCCGCUACGUCUCUGACUUCUUCAAGCACCGUCCCCCCCGGCAGUGUGAGGAGAAGGACCCGGAGCGCAAGCCCAGCCUGCCGCUCACCCUGAGCGACCCCGACCACAAUCACUACAGCUACCGCGGCGCCCCGUGAGCCGCGCACGGCCCGCGCACGCCGGACUGCAGACCUGCCCCUUGCCGUGCUCUGCUCCUGGCUCAGGGAUGGGGAUGCUGGCUCUCUAUUAACUGUUGGCUCCGUGGCUCUGGUGCCUCUGGCUGCCACAGGUGCCAGCGGGACAGCCCUGCCUGUUCCCACUCCCGCAGUGCCGUGGUGCCCAGCUCCCCAUGCCCACAGUGCUGCUGUGCUUGCCGGUACCUGGUGAUGCCAGUGCCCUGCCUGUGGGAAGGGGAUGUCCUCAACCCCUGUGCAUCUGAGUCAUGCUCCAAAGCUGCUGUCCCAGCCUUCCACGUGGAGGAAGGGGAGGGAGGGGAGGGUGGCAUGUGAGGAUGGAUUUAUUGGGCUGGCAAAGCUCACUGAGCGAAGAGCAAACUCCUUGGCAAGUCUGAGUUUGCCUGUGCUGAGUGUGUGUUGUCCCUGUCAAAUUAUCCAGCCUUCUGAGUACAAAUCCUCACAGGCACAGAGAGAGGAGGACAACUACUGGGCUAGCUGUACUUUUUUGGAAAGGAUUAAAGCAAUCCAGAGCUUUU